CCGCCUGCCGUCUGCUAGCUUUAGCUGCAAAUAUUAGAUCUACUUAGAGUAACGUUAGCGAUCACUGGUAACACAAUUUGUAGAUUACUAUAGGAGUGAGGAUUACAUUUCGCAAAAAUGGGGAAAAAACACAAGAAGCACAAACCGGAGUGGAGAACAGUCGAUGACUUUGAGGAUAAGACCCUUGAAAAGCCCCUGAAGCUAGUGCUCAAAGUUGGGGGGAGCGAGGUGACAGAGCUCUCUGGUUCGGGCCAUGACUCCAGCUACUAUGAUGACCGAUCAGAUCACGAGCGAGAACGCCACAAAGAGAAAAAGAAGAAGAAGAAGAAAAAGUCUGAAAAGGAUAAAGAUAAAUAUGUGGAUGACGAGGAGAGGAGGCGGAGGAAGGAAGAAAAGAGGAAGAAGAGAGAGCGAGAGCAGAAUGAACCAGUGGCAGCGACUGCGACUGCUGCAAGUGCUAGUGUUCCUGUUGAACCUUUCACAUUGUCAAAAAGUAUAACUAUUAAGAUAGAGCAGCCAGAGGAGAAGAAGAAGAAGAAAGAGAGGUUUGAGAUAGAGCCCGAGUUGGAGGAGUUUCACCCCCAUGUGAAGAUGGAGUUGGAACAACAAGGAGACAGACCAGUUAGAGCAUGUAGGACACAACACGAGAGCGAGUCAACUCCUCGCCAACAGUUGCUGGAGCAUUUCUUACGUCAGUUGCAGAGAAAAGACCCCCACGGAUUCUUCUCAUUCCCAGUAACAGAUGCGAUCGCUCCUGGUUACUCAAUGAUCAUCAAGCAUCCCAUGGACUUCAGCACCAUGAAAGACAAGAUAGAAAACAAUGACUACAAAACAGUAACGGAAUUUAAGGCGGACUUUAAGCUGAUGUGUGACAAUGCCAUGGUGUACAACCGACCAGAGACUGUUUACUACAAGGCUGCCAAGAAACUGCUGCAUACGGGCUUCAAGAUGAUGAGCAAGGACCGGCUUUUGGCUCUGAAGCGCAGCGUGUCUUUCAUGCAGGAAAUGGACUACACUCAGCAGGCGGCCAUUUUGGGAGAUGAAGACCUGACCACUGAUAUACCUCCUACAGAAAUCAUUCCUAUGCCGGUGGAAUCAGCGAAAAAGACCAAGAAGCAACCAGUCAAAGACAUGAAGGAGGUCAUCAGUUAUCUGUACGAGCCGGAGGGAAACGCUUGCAGCUUGACCGACAGUACAGCAGAGGAGCAUGUUAUGGCUCUCGUUGAGCAUUCUGCUGAUGAAGCUCGAGAUCGGAUCAACAGAUACAUGCCCAACUCCAAGAUGGGCUACCUGCGUAAAGAGGCCGACAGUUCUCUUCUAUACACUGUUGUCAAUCAGAUGGACCCUGACGCAGAAGAAGAGGAGACUCAUAAAGUAGACCUGAGUUCUCUGUCUAAUAAGCUUCUGCCUGGCUUAACGACUCUGGGUUUCAAAGAUGACAGGAGACACAAAGUUACAUUUCUCAGCAGUGCCUAUAAUGUCCAGAGCCUUCAGAAGAACUCCGUCUUUCCCGACCUGCUGUCUGAUGAGGUGGACAUGCUUUAUUCAGCAUAUGGAGACGACACCGGUGUCCAAUGUGCUCUCAGCAUCCAGGAGUUUGUGAAAGGCUGUGGAAGUGUCACCAAGGAUUGGGUCGACGGGCUUCUCGACAAGAUGACCGCAGGAGAUCACACCAAAUCUGUCAAUCAGAUCCGACAGAAAAGAAACAUGAUGCUGAAACCUGACGAAACCAAAUCGAACAUCCACGACAUGCAGAUGACAGACAGCGCUGGCCUUGGAGAUAGUGGCUCAGUCCUGGACUUCAUGUCAAUGAAGAGCUAUCCUGACAUGUCUCUGGAUAUAUCCAUGCUGAACACUUUAGGUAAAACGGUGAAAAAAGAACCGGGGAAUGAGGAGGGCCAGCAGCACUUUGAUGACGCAGACAAACUCCUGCAGGAGUUUCAAGAGGCUCAGGUGGACAGAGUCGGCUCCAGACCCUCGUCCAACCUGUCCUCCCUCUCCAAUGCAUCGGAGAGGGACCAGCACCACUUAGGGAGUCCAUCACACCUGGGCGUUGGGGACCAGUCGGAAAUGGUUCAUGACCCCUACGAGUUCCUGCAAUCUCCUGAGUCAGAGAGCGCGGCCAACAGCUGACCACACAUGCAGCCGUUUUGUUACCCUGGUGUUAACGACACUGGGAAAUCAGCCUUGGACUGUUUAAACACCCUGGAGUCAGCAGGAGGUUCUGACUUGUUUUAAUGACUUUAUAUGAUUGUACAGAUUGUUUGUAGUGUAACUGUAUGUUUUUUUAAUGAGUGCAACACCUGUAAAAUAAAUGUGUACCUGUAUUCUUAAA